UUUCAAAAAACAAAAACAAUGCCGCCAAAUUCAUCGAUUGUUGUGCCGAAAAAUAAUGAUGAUAAUAACAAUAGUAAUGGUGUUAUUAAACGUAAUGGAAAUCAUGUUGUUGUAGAUGAAAAUGAAAUCGAUCCAAAACGUAUUGUAAGCCGUGAUUAUUUACGUGAUCGUUCUGAAAAAGAUGAUUGGAAUUGUUUUGAACAUAUUAUAUGGAUGAAUGUUUUCUGGUUUGCAUUGUUACAUACAUUGUCCAUCUAUGGAGCCUAUCUAUUGUUUGUUGAUGCAAAAAUAUUGACCAUUUUAUUUGCUAUCCUCACCUAUAAUAUUUCAUUGUUUGGUAUUACGGCUGGUGUACAUCGUUUAUGGUCUCAUCGUGCAUAUAAAGCUAAACUACCAUUACGAAUAUUACUUGCAUUCUGUAAUUCAAUGGCCUAUCAGAAUUCAAUAUUUGAAUGGGCUAGAGAUCAUCGUGUACAUCAUAAAUAUUCGGAAACUAAUGCCGAUCCUGUUAAUAUUGAACGUGGUUUCUUUUUUGCACAUAUUGGUUGGCUUAUGUGUCGUAAACAUCCGGGUAAAACAUUUGGUUUACGUUUAGAUCUUAGUGAUCUUAAAGCAGAUCCUGUUGUUUAUUAUCAACAUAAAUAUUAUGUUCCAUCAGUAAUUGUUAUGUGUUUCUUGUUGCCCACCAUUAUUCCAUGGUAUUAUUGGGGUGAAAAUUUUUGGACCGCAUUUUUUGUAUGUGCAAUUCUUCGUUAUACAUUGGCAUUGGAAUCCACUUGGCUUGUCAAUUCGGCUGCACAUAUGUAUGGAAAUCGUCCUUAUGAUAUUAAUAUUGCACCAGCUGAAAAUAAGACCGUUUCAUUUUUGACCUUAGGCGAAGGUUAUCAUAAUUAUCAUCAUGUAUUUCCAUGGGAUUAUUCUACAUCCGAAUGGGGUUGGAACAUUAAUCUUACUACAUUCAUUUUGGAUCAAUUUUCACGUAUUGGUUGGGCAUUUGAUCGUCGUUUUGCAACCAAAGAGAUGAUACUAUCACGAAAAAAUCGUACAGGAAAUACAAAACAUUACGAAGCACAAGAACUUGGUUAUUAGUUUUUUCUUUUUUUUGAAUUUUUUUUUCUCAAUUUUUAUUUCGAAUUCAAUUCAGCAAAAAAAAAAAAACAAAAACAAUUUCAAACACCCACCCACACACACACACACACACAUGCACGAAUUGUCCUUAUUUAAGAUAAUUUAUAUUGAAAUUCAAUUAUUGCAACUAAUUUAGAUAUGAAAAAACGAUUACACGAUUAGACAUUUUU